AUGGAAGAACUGAACCGGCGUCGAGGAGGAUUGAGGAGUGCUCUUUUUCGCUCGAUCAAUGGAGCAUUGGAGAAGCUCACCGAAGCAGAUCUUCAGGAGGAAGAAAUCGAGGUCCUGACUGCACAGCUAAAGAAGAAACUGGAGAAGUUGGAGGCAGUGGACGCAGAACUGGAGGUCCUCUGGACAGAACAGGAACUCGAGGACGAACAACAAGAAAGCUUCGAAUAUAGUGCCCGUGCGACAGCGCUAUUGGCGAGGCUGCUGUUGCGUGUGCAAAGGCUGGAUUCAGCAGCCAGUUUGCGUGGGAGUCACCGUUCCCAAGAAAGGCCGUUUGGCGACUCAACCGCAUCCGGCCUGCAGAUCAGGUUGCCGAAGUUGAACCUAGUCAAAUUCAACGGGCAACGAAAGGACUGGAUGGCAUUUUGGGAACAGUUUCGGCAAGUCAUUCAUGACAAGGGAAGGCUUUCCGUUCGCGAGAAGUUCAGCUACUUGAGGUCAGCUCUCACGGGGGAAGCUGCAGCAGCAAUAUCUGGACUGUCAUCUACAGAAAGGUGCUACAAUGGCGCACUUGAAAUUCUAAAAGGUUGUUGCGGGAUUGAAGCCCUGCAAAUAGAGGACCACAUGACGAGGCUCAUGGUAUUACAACCAGUCAGGUCCCACCAGGAUGUAAAGGAUCUCAGGAAGCUCCAUGACGAGCUGUCAGCGCAUAUAAGAGCUCUGAAGGCAUUAGGAGUCUCGGAGGAGUCGUUUUCGUCAACGUUGUACUCUCUAAUGCUUCGCCUGAUACUACAAGACAUCGUUGUGGAAGUCAACAGAAGGGUGCUGGAGGCAGAAGAUGGAUCUCCAGGGGAGACGCCCAACGGACAAGGUGACAGAGAAAAUCCAACGUCUUCCAGCGGGGAGCACGUCGCUAAGCUACGUAAAUUCAUCAAGUUCCUACGAGUGGAGGUAGAAUGCUUGGAAAGAACGCUUACUGCUCAAGGAACAAGAAAUGAUACAGGAUAUGGAUUUCCAAAAAUGAAAGGCGCUCGAAAGCAGCGUACAAAGGGAUCAGCGAGACUAUCGUCAGCAGCAGCACUGGUCAACACUACAGAUCAGCUGUCGGAUUGUUUCUUUUGCAAGUCACGGGGUCACCGGACCACGGAGUGCGACGCACGGAUGUCACAGGAUGACAAGCUUUGA